CACGAACUUGCUGCUUUUGAACCGGAAGCGCGAAGGCGUGCUUGGAGAACCAGCUGCGGGGUGCGUGGCCGCGGGAAAAGACGAAGCUACCUCGGUUUGCACUGGGAGACAAAAUGCAACGGUAGGAGCUCGGAGCGAACUCCGGGGCUUCGGUGCGGGAAAAGUCUCCUCAGACCCCCAUCUUUCAUCGGCUCCGGAAUGGCCUUGGACGCCUCUCACCUCAUCUUGCCCGGCCGUCUGUGGUCUGCUCCCCCCGGCUGCGCACCCCGCUUGGAGUGAGCCUGAACUUUCCCUUCUGCGUGUCCCCUCUUCCCGUCUGUCGCCGGAAGAGUUCUGAUAUUUACGUUUAAGCUACAGGUGAGGAUGUAUGGUCUGAAAUCUUAAACCAUGAGUCUAGCACUUAACGAUCUGCUCAUUUGCUGCCGACAAUUAGAACAUGAUAGAGCUACAGAACGAAGGAAAGAAGUGGAGAAAUUUAAGCGUCUGAUUCAGGAUCCUGAAACAGUUCUAAAUUUAGAUAAGCAUUCAGAUUCCAAACAACAAAAAUAUUUGAAUUGGGAUGCUGUUUUCAGGUUCCUACAGAAUUAUAUUAAAAAAGAAACAGAAUGUCUGAGAACAGCAAAAUCAACUGUAUCAGCCUCCACACAGACUUCCAGACAGAAAAAGAUGCAAGAGAUCAGCAGUUUAGUCAGAUUCUUCAUCAAAUGUGCAAAUAAGAGAGCACCCAGGCUAAAAUGUCAAGACCUCUUGAAUUAUGUCAUGGAUACAGUGAAAGAUUCAUCUAAUGGAGCAACUUAUGGAUCUGAUUGUAGCAACAUACUACUCAAAGACAUUCUUUCUGUGAGGAAAUACUGGUGUGAAAUAUCUCAGCAACAGUGGCUAGAAUUGUUUUCUGUGUACUUCAAGCUGUAUCUCAGACCGUCACAAGAGAUGAAUAGAGUUUUAGUGGCUAGAAUAAUUCAUUCUGUCACUGGAGGAUGCUGUUCACAGACUGACGGAUUACCUUCACAGUUUUUAGAUUUUUUUUCCAAGGCUGUUCAGUAUGCAAGACAAGAGAAGAGCUCUCCUGGCUUCAGUCAUAUCUUAGCAGCCCUUGUCAUUUUCCUCAAGACUUUGGCUGUCAACUUCCGGAAACGUGUGUGUGAAGUAGGAGAUGAAAUUCUUCCUACCUUACUGUAUAUUUGGACUCAACAUAGACUUAAUGAUUCUUUAAAAGAAGUAAUUAUUGAACUAAUUCAACUGCAGAUUUAUAUCCAUCAUCCACAAGGAGCUAAAGCCCCUGAAAAAGGUGCCUAUGAAUCAGCAAAGUGGAAAAGUAUCUUGUACAACUUAUAUGACCUGCUGGUGAAUGAAAUAAGUCACAUAGGAAGUAGAGGGAAAUACUCUUCAGGAUCUCGUAAUAUUGCAGUCAAGGAAAAUUUGAUUGACUUGAUGGCAGAUAUCUGUCACCAGCUUUUUAAUGCAGAUACCAGAUCCGUGGAGAUUUCUCAGUCUUAUACUACACAAAGAGAAUCCACUGAUUACAGUGUGCCUUGUAAGAAAAGGAAAAUAGAAGUAGGCUGGGAAGUGAUAAAAGAUCAUCUUCAGAAGUCACAAAAUGAUUUUGAUAUUGUGCCUUGGCUACAGAUUACAACCCAAUUAAUAUCAAAGUAUCCAUCCAGUUUACCAAACUGUGAGCUGUCGCCAUUACUACUAAUACUGUACCAGCUUCUCCCUCAACAGCGGCGUGGAGAACGCACACCAUAUGUGUUGCGAUGCCUGAUGGAAGUUGCCUUAUGUCAAGGCAAGAAAUCAAACCUAGAAAGCUCUCAAAAGUCAGAUUUAUUGAAACUGUGGAUUAAAAUUUGGUCUAUUGCCUUUCGUGGUAUAACUUCUGAACAUACACAGAAUGAAAACUUUGGUUUACUUGGGGCCAUUAUUCAAGGUAGUUUAAUUGAACUCGACAGAGAAUUCUGGAAGUUAUUUACUGGCUCAGCCUGUAAACCUUCAAGUCCUUCAGUAUGCUGCUUGACUAUGGCACUUACUAUCUGUGUAGUUCCGGAUGCAAUGAAAUUGGGAACAGAGCAAAGUAUGUGUGAAGUAAAUAAAAGUUCCUCUAUAAAGGAGUCAAUAAUGAGAUGGCUCUUAUUCUACCAGUUAGAGGAUGACUUAGAAGUCAGCACAGAACCGCCCCCGAUUCUUCAGAGUAAUUUUCCUCAUCUUGUACUGGAGAAAAUUCUUGUAAGUCUCACUAUGAAAAACUCACGAGCUGCAAUGAAGUGUUUUCAGAGUGUGCCAGAAUGUGAACGGCACAGCCAAGAUAAAGAAGAGCCUUCGUUUUCAGAUAUAGAAGAACUAUUUCUGCAGACUACUUUUGACAGGAUGGAUUUUUUAACCACUGCAAAAGAAUGUGAUGUAGAAAAAUUUCAAUCUACUGUUGGCUUUUCUGUCCAUCAAAAUCUUAAGGAAUCAUUGGAUCAUUAUCUUCUGGAAUUAUCAGAAAAGCUUCUAAAUAAUUAUUCGUCUGAGAUUACAAGUUCAGAAACACUUGUCCGGUGUUCAAGUCUUUUGGUGGGCGUUCUUGGCUGCUAUUGUUAUUUGGGUAUAAUAAUGGAAGAGGAAGCAUAUAAAUCGGAAUUGUUCCAGAAGGCCAAGUCUCUAAUGCAGUGUGCAGGAGAAAGUAUCUCUCUAUUUAAAAAUAAGACAAAUGAGGAAUCUAGAAUUGGUUCAUUGAAAAACGUGAUACAUCUGUGUACAAGUUGCUUGUGUCGGCAUACCAAGCGUAAUCCACACAAGAUUGUAUCCGGCUUUUUCCUACGAUUGUUAACUUCAAAGCUUGUGAAUGACAUUGCAGAUAUUUGUGAAAGUUUAGCAUCCUGUAUAAAAAAGCCAUUUGAUUAUGGAGAGGUAAAUUCCGUGAAAGAUGCUGCUGAUGAAAAUCUGAUGGAGGCACAGGGUCCAUCAUCCUCAAGUCUGUUUAGUGGUUACCCUGCUAGUACUGUGAGCGAUACAAAUGAUUCUGGAGAGAAUCAGAGUACUGUUGGUGCCAUGAGUCUUUUAGCUGCUGAUUAUCUGUCAAAACAAGAUCAUCUUCUUUUAGACAUGCUCAAGUUCUUGUGCUUGUGUGUAACCGCAUCUCAGAGCAAUACAGUGUCUUUUAGAGCAACUGAUAUUAGAAGAAAGUUGUUAAUGCUACUUGAUUCUAGCACACUGGACCUUACUAAAUCCAUCCACCUACAGAUGUACUUAGUGCUUCUGAAGGAUCUUCCUGGAAGAGAGCAUUCGUUGCCAAUGGAAGAUGUUGCUGAACUUCUGAAACCAUUAUCCCUGGCAUGUUCUCUGCAUCGUCGCGACCAAGAUGUUUGUCGAACAAUUUUAAGCCAUGUCCAUCAUAUAGUGACAAGCCUAAGUCAAGGCAGUGUGGACACUGAGGGCACAAGGAAUGCUCAGGGACAGUUCCUGACAGUGAUUGGGGCAUUUUGGCAUCUAACAAAGGAGAAGAAAUGUAUAUUCUCUGUAAGAAUGGCAUUAGUAAAGUGUCUUCAAGCUCUCCUUGAGGCUGAUCCAUAUUCCAAAUGGGCAAUCCUUGACAUAAGGGGACAAGACUUUCCUGUAAAUGAAGUAUUUCCACAGUUUCUUGCUGAUGAUCAUCACCAAGUUCGGAUGUUGGCUGCAGGGUCAAUCAACAGAUUAUUCCAGGAUAUGAGACAUGGAGAUUCCUCUGGAUGGUCGAAAGCACUGCUUUUGAAGUUUCAGCAAACAGCUUUUAAAAAUGCAUACCUGAAAGCAGAGGCAGGAAUAAGAGACGUGGUGACUACAUCAUGUGAUACUCAGAACCCUGAUCUUCUGGAUGAGAUUCACAAUAGAAAAUCUGUUUUACUGGUGGUGGUAGCUGUGGUCUUGCACUGUAGCCCUGUGUGUGAAAAACAGGCUCUGUUUGCCUUAUGCAAAUCUGUGAAGGAAAAUGGAUUAGAACCUCAUCUUGUGAAAAAGGUUUUAGAGAAAGUCUCCGAAUCUUUUGGGUGCAGAAGUUUAGAAGACUUUAUGACUUCUCAUCUAGAUUAUCUGGUUUCAGAAUGGCUGGACAUUCAAGAUACUGAAUACAACUUAUCUUCCUUUCCUUUUAUUUUAUUAAAUUACACAAGUAUUGAGGAUUUCUAUAGAUCUUGUUACAAGGUUUUGAUUCCACAUUUGGUGAUUAGAAGUGAGUUUGAUGAAGUGAAGUCCAUUGCUAAUCAGAUUCAGAAAUGCUGGAAAAGUCUGUUGAUAGACUGCUUUCCAAAGAUUCUUGUACACAUUCUUCCUUACUUUGCCUAUGAGAGCACAGGAGACAGCAGCAUAAUACAGAAGAGAGAGACUGCUACCAAAGUCUAUGAUAUACUUAAAGGUGAAGACUUACUAGGAAAACAGAUUGAUCAAGUAUUCAUUAGUAAUUUACCAGAGAUUGUGGUGGAGUUACUGAUGACAUUCCAUGAAACAGCUGAUUCUGAUGCCAGUCAAAGCACUGACCUCGCUGACUUUUCAGGGGAUUUGGAUCCUGCUCCUAAUCCACCAUAUUUUCCAUCACAUGUUAUUAAAGCAACAUUUGCCUACAUCAGCAACUGCCAUAAAACCAAGAUUAAAAGCAUUUUAGAAAUUCUUUCUAAAAUUCCUGAUUCCUAUCAGAAAAUUCUUCUGGCCAUUUGUGAACAAGCAAAUGAGACAAAUAAUGUCUAUAAAAAGCACAGAAUUCUUAAAAUAUAUCAAUUGUUUGUUAGUUUAUUACUGAAAGAUAUAAAAAGCAGCUUGGGAGGUGCUUGGGCCUUUGUUCUUCGGGAUGUUAUUUACACAUUGAUUCAUUAUAUCAAUAAAAGGCCUUCUCAUUUCACAGAUGUAUCAAAGCAUAGCUUUUCCCUUUGUUGUAAUCUGUUAAGUCGAGUUUGCCAUACAGCUGUAACUCACUGUAAGGAUGCCCUAGAAAACCAUCUUCAUGUCAUUGUUGGCACACUUAUACCACUUGUGGAUUAUCCGGAGGUUCAAGAACAGGUAUUGGACCUGUUGAAGUACUUGGUGAUAGAUAACAAGGACAAUGAAAACCUCUUUGUCACUAUUAAACUUUUGGAUCCUUUUCCUGACCAUGUUGUUUUUAAGAAUUUGCGGCUUACUCAGCAGAAAAUCAAAUAUAGUGGAGGACCCUUUUCACUCUUAGAGGAAAUUAACCAUUUUCUUUCUGUGAGUGCUUACAAUCCACUUCCACUGACAAGGCUUGAAGGACUGAAGGAUCUUCGAAGACAACUGGAGCAACAUAAAGAUCAGAUACUAGAUCUUAUGAGAGCAUCUCAGGAUAACCCACAGGAUGGCAUUGUGGUGAAGCUGGUUGUCAGCUUGUUGCAGCUAUCCAAGAUGGCAGUGAACCAGACUGGUGAAAGAGAAGUUUUAGAGGCUGUUGGAAGGUGUUUGGGAGAAAUAGGUCCUCUGGAUUUCUCUACUAUAGCUGUACAGCAUAAUAAAGAUACAUCGUAUACCAAAGCCCUUGGGUUACCUGAAGAUAAAGAACUUCAGUGGACUUUGAUAAUGCUAACCGCCCUGAACAAUACACUGGUAGAAGAUAGUGUCAAAGUUCGAUCAGCUGCUGCUACCUGUUUGAAAAACAUUUUGGCUACAAAGACUGGACACAGUUUCUGGGAGGCUUAUAAGACUUCCGAAGAUCCCAUGCUGAUCUACCUACAGCCUUUUAGAACAUCAAGGAAAAAGUUUUUAGAAGUACCCCAGUUUGUUAAAGAAGGUAUCUUAGAAGGCCUGGAUGAUGUGAAUCUGUGGGUUCCUCAAAGUGAAAGUCAUGACAUUUGGAUAAAGACUCUGACAUGUGCCUUUUUGGACAGUGGAGGCAUAAAAAGUGAAAUUCUUCAGUUAUUAAAGCCAAUGUGUGAGGUGAAACCUGACUUCUGCCAGGCUGUGCUGCCAUACUUGAUCCAUGAUGUCUUACUCCAAGAUACACAUGAAUCUUGGCGGACUCUGCUGUCUACACAUGUCCGAGGAUUUUUCACUAGCUGUUUUAAACACUUCUCACAGGCAAGCCGAUCAGCAACUCCUGCAAGUUCGGAUUCAGCUCUGAUUCAGAAAGUUGAGAUGCCCUCACUACCUUCUGAACUCUACUUACUACUAACCGUCUCAGAGCCAGAGCACUUUCUCCGAUGUUGUUUGGAUAAAAAGUCACAAAGAACAAUGCUUGCUGUUGUCGACUAUUUGAGAAGGCAGAAGAGGCCUUCUUCAGGAACAGCUUUUAAUGAUGCUUUCUGGCUGGAUUUGAAUUACCUGGAGGUUGCAAAGGUGGCUCAGUCUUGUGCUGCUCACUUCACAGCAUUGCUCUACGCAGAGAUCUAUUCAGAUAAGAAAAGCAUGGAUGAACAAGAGAAAAGAAGUCCAACAUUUGAAGAAGGGAGUCAAGGUACAACUAUUUCUAGUUUGAGUGAAAAAAGUAAAGAAGAAACAGGAAUAAGCUUACAGGAUCUUCUCUUAGAGAUCUACAGAAGCAUAGGAGAACCAGACAGCCUGUAUGGCUGUGGUGGAGGGAAAAUGUUACAGCCCCUUACUAGAAUACGGACUUACGAACAUGAAGCAAUGUGGGGAAAAGCCUUAGUAACAUAUGACCUUGAGACCACAAUCUCCUCUUCGACCCGCCAGUCAGGAAUAAUUCAGGCUUUGCAGAAUUUGGGGCUCUCCCAUGUUCUUUCCAUCUAUCUAAAAGGAUUAGAUCAUGUAAACAGAGAGAGGGGUGCUGAACUGCAGGAACUUCAUUAUCAAGCAGCAUGGAGGAAUAUGCAGUGGGACCUCUGCAAUUCUGCCACCCAAGAACUAGAAGGAGCCAGUUACCAUGAAUCAUUGUAUAAUGCUCUGCAGUCUCUAAGAAACAGAGAAUUCUCCACAUUUUAUGAAAGUCUCAGAUAUGCCAGAUUGAAAGAAGUUGAAGAGUUGUGUAAGGGCAGCCUUGAAUCUGUGUACUCGCUGUAUCCCACACUCAGUAGAUUGCAGGCACUUGGAGAACUGGAAAACAUUGGGGAGAUUUUCUCGAGGUCAGUCACAGAUAGAGAUCUCUCUGAAGUGUAUUUGAAGUGGCAGAAACACUCCCAGCUUCUGAAGGACAGUGACUUUAGUUUUCAGGAGCCUCUCAUGGCUCUACGCACAGUCAUUCUGGAGAUCCUGGUGCAAAAGGAAAUGGAGAACUCCCAAGGAGGGUGCUGUAAGGACAUUCUUACCAAACACCUUGUAGAAUUCUCUGUUCUGGCCCGAACCUUCAAGAACACCCAGCUCCCUGAAAAAGCAAUAUUUAAAAUUAAACAAUAUAAUUCAGCUAUUUGUGGAGUCUCUGAGUGGCAUUUGGAAGAAGCACAAGUGUUCUGGGCAAAAAAGGAGCAGGGUCUUGCCCUGAAUAUUCUCAAACAAAUGAUCAAGAAGUUGGACUCCAGCUUUAAAAAGAAUGAUGCAGGUCUAAAAGUCAUAUAUGCUGAGUGUCUGAGGGUUUGUGGCAACUGGCUGGCGGAAACCUGCUUGGAAAAUCCUGCAGUCAUCAUGCAGACCUACCUAGAAAAGGCAGUGAAAGUUGCUGGAAGUUAUGAUGGCGAAAGCAGUGAGCUCAGAAAUGGACAGAUGAAGGCAUUUCUCUCAUUAGCACGUUUCUCCGAUAUUCAGUACCAGAGAAUUGAAAACUACAUGAAAUCAUCAGAAUUUGAAAACAAGCAAGCCCUCUUAAAAAGAGCCAAAGAAGAAGUGGGCCUUCUAAGGGAACAUAAAAUUCAGACUAACAGAUACACAGUAAAGGUUCAGAGAGAGCUGGAGCUAGAUGAGUGUGCUCUGCGUACGUUGAGAGAAGACCGGAAGCGCUUCCUGUGUAAGGCAGUUGAGAACUACAUCAGCUGCUUGCUGUGUGGAGAAGAGCAUGAUGUGUGGGUAUUCCGGCUUUGCUCCCUCUGGCUUGAAAAUUCUGGAGUUGCUGAAGUCAAUGGCAUGAUGAAGAGAGAUGGAAUGAAGAUUUCAUCAUAUAAAUUUUUGCCUCUUAUGUAUCAAUUGGCUGCUAGAAUGGGAACCAAAAUGAUGGGAGGCCUAGGAUUUCACGAAGUUCUCAAUAAUCUGAUCUCUAGGAUUUCAAUGGAUCACCCCCAUCAUACUCUGUUCAUUAUAUUGGCUUUAGCAAAUGCAAACAAAGAUGAACUUUUGAGCAAACCAGAGGCAGCAAGAAGGAGUAGAAUAACCAAAAAUGCACCAAAAGAAAGCUCUCAGCUUGAUGAGGAUCGAACAGAGGCUGCAACCAGGAUAAUUCAUACCAUCAGAAGUGAGAGGUGUAAGAUGGUGAAGGACAUGGAGGCACUCUGUGAAGCCUACAUUAUUUUGGCAAACUUGGAUGCCUCUCAGUGGAGGAACCAGAGAAAAGGCAUCAAUAUUCCAGCAAACCAGCCAAUCACUAAACUGAAGAAUUUAGAAAAUGUUGUUGUUCCCACUAUGGAAAUUAAGGUUGAUCCCACGGGAGAGUAUGAAAAUCUGGUGACUAUAAAAUCAUUUAAAACAGAAUUUCGUUUAGCAGGAGGUUUAAAUUUACCAAAAAUAAUAGAUUGUGUGGGUUCUGACGGCAAGGAAAGGAGACAGCUUGUCAAGGGCCGUGAUGACCUCAGGCAAGAUGCUGUCAUGCAGCAGGUUUUCCAGAUGUGCAAUACACUAUUGCAGAGAAACACUGAGACUAGAAAGAGGAAACUGACUAUCUGCACAUACAAGGUGGUUCCCCUCUCUCAGCGAAGCGGUGUUCUUGAGUGGUGCACAGGAACCAUCCCUAUUGGUGAAUAUCUUGUCAACAACGAUGAAGGUGCUCAUAAAAGAUACAGGCCAAAUGAUUUCAGUGCCCAACAGUGCCAAAAGAAAAUGAUGGAUGUCCAGAAGAAGUCUUUUGAAGAGAAAUACGAUACCUUCAUGACUAUUUGCCAAAACUUUGAACCAGUUUUUCGUUACUUCUGCCUGGAAAAAUUCUUGGACCCAGCUGUUUGGUUUGAGAAACGAUUGGCAUAUACGCGUAGUGUGGCCACGUCUUCUAUUGUUGGUUACAUCCUUGGACUUGGUGAUAGGCAUGUACAGAAUAUCUUGAUAAACGAGCAGUCAGCAGAACUCGUACACAUAGAUUUAGGAGUGGCUUUUGAGCAGGGUAAAAUCCUUCCCACUCCAGAAACAGUUCCUUUUAGACUCAGCAGAGACAUCGUGGAUGGCAUGGGCAUCACUGGUGUGGAAGGUGUCUUCAGAAGAUGCUGUGAGAAAACCAUGGAAGUUAUGCGCAGUUCUCAGGAAACUCUGCUAACCAUUGUAGAAGUCCUUUUGUACGAUCCUCUCUUUGACUGGACUAUGAAUCCUUUAAAAGCUUUGUAUUUGCAGCAGAGGCCAGAAGAUGAGACUGACCUCCAUUCUACCCCCAAUGCGGAAGAUCAAGAAUGCAAACGAAGUCUUAGUGAUACUGACCAGAGUUUCAACAAAGUAGCUGAACGUGUCUUGAUGAGGUUGCAGGAGAAACUGAAAGGCUUGGAAGAAGGCACUGUGCUCAGUGUGGGUGGACAGGUGAACUUGCUUAUCCAGAAGGCCAUGGAUCCCAAAAAUCUCAGCCAACUCUUCCCAGGAUGGAAAGCUUGGGUGUGACCUUCAGCUCAGAAAUUACUCUAAACUCAAGACUUCAGAAAUUACAUAUCAGCCACCAUAUUUGGAUGGAAAUUAGUUAAUAACUGCUUUUGAACCAGUUUUCUCCUUGAUACAUACCAGCCAAAAAUUAAUAUUUCUGCUCUUGUAUGUUAGGAUGAAUGUUGACUCUUAAGAUCAUGCUUGUAUUGUUUUCAGUGGGAUCACUGAGGUGCACAGUGACCUGAAGCCAGUGGGAGCAGCAGAGUGAGUUUUGCUUUGGUGUGUGUUAGGACGAGUUUGUAACUCUUGCUCUAAGCAGUCUUUAGUUAAAGCAAGUUCCCAGACAGUCACUGUGUGAGCAUGUGUGUGCGAAUUCCAAAGUACUUAGUAAUACUGUAGAAAGGGUAGACGUUAAAAUUAUAACUGUCACUAUAUCAUGGGAAACUCACAUUAAAAUAAAUGUUGGACU